GUUCAGCUUUUCUCCAACAGAAAGGAAAAUAUUCAAAUUGUUUUAACAACAUGCACUUAAUUGGACAAAACAACGUCCAAUACAAGUUUUGUAUUGAACGACAUUGACUAAUCGAUUGCGUUUGGGUCAGAAACAGUGCAAAGGCAUCGGCGUGGUGGAGAGUUAGAGCAACAGAGAGCCGACCUGCUGCAGUUGUGUGAGGGCGCCGCUGGGUGAGACUGAGUCCCUCUCUCGGCUGCUUCGGUCUCCACUGCUCCCUUUUCCCAAAGAAAAGAAGAGGAGAUCUAGGUCCGGGGAGGAGGAGGGCCGCCGCCGCCAUUAUCGGAAAGCUGAGAGAAAUUCCACUUUCACACGCGCGAUCGGCUCCUAAAAUUGGCCAGGACAUGAAGGAUCCGUGUUGCAGCAGGAGCACAUUUCACCGGAGACACCGGGGCGAUUACAACAAACUCACUGUUGUCUGGUGUGCGACACCGGCCCAGCGUUAUUAUGUGGCCACAACAAUGGACAGAAUAAUGAUUGAAAAAGCAACGUGGUGAACCGAGAGGAAGACGUCUGGAGCAGACUUUCUUUUCUUUUUUUCUUCUUCUUUUUUUUUUACACGCCCGAAUUUCGCAGGCGGAAAACCUCCCUUUUGCAAGAAUAGUCCUGGACAUAUUUAUUUCUUCCCGGCGUUUAAAUGCAACAAUAAAAAAAAAAAAAACCAACAACAAAAAAAACCCAACAUUGUUGCAAAAAAAAAAAAAAAAAAAAAAAGAAGAAGAAGGGGGCGAGAAUCCAGACAUGUGUGAUGGGGAUUCAUUUCCACUGACCACGCCAUACGCAGCGUUGUGAUAUCAGUGUUAUUUGGGAGCAGUUCCUGGCGUUUAUUCUGCGGCUUUUGCUUAUGCACAUCAGGCGGCGGCGAGGGCUGCGGCAAGCGCUGGCCUGACAGAUGCGAGAGGAGAACGGGGAGAAACGCGAUGGAUGUGACUCUUAUAAGGAAUGAAUGAAAGGACCUGCUGCUCUUAUCACUGCACUGUUAUUUAUUAUAUCUGACGCCCAGCAGAAGAAGGAGCAAUCUGAUCUGUUCUGUGGAUCAGCAGUAUACGGACGAGCAUAUUAGUGAUCUCUUUUAUUCAGUGCCUAUUUGUGGCAGGAUGAGUUUCGAAAGGCUAUGAUGGCGAAAAAGCAAGAUGCACGAUCGCCCAUUUACAACCUCAUUGUGGUGGGUUUGUCUGGAACAGAGAAGGAGAAGGGGCAAUGUGGGGUGGGCAAAUCCUGCCUGUGCAAUCGGUUUGUGCGACCCAGUGCUGAUGAUUUCUACCUGGACCACACAUCAGUUUUAAGCACCAGUGACUUUGGGGGUCGUGUGGUUAACAAUGACCACUUUCUAUUUUGGGGGGAGGUGUCUCGGGUCCUGGAGGAGGGCCCUGAGUGCAGGAUGCAUGUUGUGGAGCAAACUGAAUUCAUAGAUGACCAGACAUUUCAGCCACACCGUAGCACUGCUAUGCAGCCCUAUAUCAAGCGAGCAGCUGCGACCAAGUUGGCCUCGGCAGAGAAACUCAUGUACUUCUGUACAGAUCAGCUGGGUUUGGAGCAAGACUUUGAGCAAAAGCAAAUGCCAGAGGGGAAACUGCAGGUUGAUGGUUUCCUGCUUUGUGUUGAUGUGAGCCGUGGCAUGAACCGUAACUUUGAUGACCAGCUGAAAUUCGUCACAAACCUUUAUGGCCAGCUCAGCAAGACCAAGAAGCCCAUUGUGCUGGUGCUGACCAAAUGUGACGAAGGUGUUGAACGCUAUAUCAAAGAUGCGCAUACUUUUGCAAUCACAAAGAAAAGUCUCCCAGUAGUCGAGACUUCUGCUCGCUCAAAUAUUAAUGUGGAUCUAGCCUUCCUCACGUUGGUUCAGCUUAUUGAUAAGAGCAGGGGCAAGCCCAAGAUCAUACCUUAUUUUGAAGCCCUGAAACUCCAGAGUCAGCAAAUAGCUUCAGCCAAGGAUCGCUAUGAGUGGCUCAUCAACCGUAUUGUCAAAAAUCAUAAUGAGACUUGGUUAAAUGCCAGUCGACGAAUGAACAACUCACCAGAGUACAAAGAAUAUGUUUUCUUGGAAGGAACAGCUAAAUGCAAAAAGCUUUUUCAACAGCACGUCUACCGCCUGAAGCAAGAGCACAUCGAGAGGCGUCGCAGGAUAUACCUUAGCACUCUCCCUUUAGCACUUAGUUCACUGGUGCCGGAUCUCGAUGAAAUAGAUCAGCUGAGCUGGUCUGGAGUGCAGAAAGUGCUGGAGUCCAAGCAACACUUUACUCACUGGUUUGUCGUUCUGGAGGAUUCUCCAUGGGAAGACACAUCUCACAUAGACAACAUGGAGGAUGAGCGAAUUCCCUCAGACCUACUGGAGACUGCUGAAGCAGAAGAUAUAUUCAAUGCCCAUCUGGAACAUCUAAGAAAUGAAUGUAGACGUGCAGAAAUAAGACAGGAGUUUAAGCAAAAGUUAGCAUCCUCACCCUUUGUCACGCCCGGUAAACCAUGGGAGGAGGCCCGCAGCUUCAUCAUGAAUGAGGAGUUUUAUCAGUGGCUCGAGGAGCCGGAGUACUUGGACCUGUACAACCGCCAUCAAAAGGAGAUUAUUGAUCGUGCUAAAGAAGACUUUCAGGAGCUUCUGCUUGAAUACUCUGAGCUUUUUUAUGAGCUUGAAGUGGAUGCCAAGCCUAGCAAAGAAAAGAUGGGAGCAAUUCAGGAGGUUCUGGGAGAGGAGCAGAGGUUUAAGGCGCUGCAAAAGCUUCCUGCUGAAAGAGAUGCCCUUGUGCUGAAGCAUAUUCACUUUGUCUAUCACCCCACCAAGGAAACGUGCCCCAGUAGCCCUCACUGUGGAGACUCUAAGAUUGAGCAACUCCUAGCAUCUCGUUUUCCCACCUGUUACCCCUUCUUCGAUGUGAAAGCUCAUUUUGGGGACACCAAAGCUGAUAGAAUUAAUUUGGUCAUCCUAGGUAAGGAUGGGUUGGCCAGAGAAUUUGCCAAUGAGAUUAGAGCUCUGUGCACAAAUGAUGACUGGUAUGUUUUAGACGGGAAGAUGUAUGAGUUGACACUGCGGCCUAUUGAGGGGAAUGUACGUCUUCCAGUAAACUCCUUCCACACCCCCACAUUUACCCCUCAUGGAUGUCUUUGUCUGUAUAACUCAAAAGAUUCUCUAUCUUAUGUGGUAGAAAGUCUUGAGCGACUUAGGGAAUCAACUCUAGGUCGAAGGGAUAGCCAGCUGGCUCAACUGCCAACAUCCGUCCUUUUAGUCACUAAAAGAGGCGUGGGCUCAUAUGUUGAUAUAGGUGGAGACACUGCCUUAAACCUAAUAACACAGGGACAACAAGUUGCAAGGAGACUGCAGUGUAGCUUUUUAGACCCAGCCUCCCCCGGUGUGGGCUAUGGGCACAAUGUAAAUGAGACUCAGAUCAAUCAGGUGCUGAGAGGCCUUCUUGAUGUUAGAAGGAGCACAUCUUUUAGUAGCAGCUCCCCACCUCUCCUCCCUGAGCCUCCCGGUCUCCGAGACUCUCCACAUCAGCCAGCCCAAGAGGCAGACCUACGCAUUGUCAUGUGCUUAAUGUGUGGAGACCCCUAUGACAUUGAACAGCUCCUGUCUCCUUUCCUGAUGCAUCAGCAUUGCAGACCUAUGUCGAAUAGUGGCACUUCUGUGUUGUUAGAGCAGACUAUUGGGGGGCACAAGCUGGCUAUAGAGCUUUCUCUCCUCUCAUAUCAUGCCUCGUUCACUUUAAGGAAGAGCAGGUUAGUGCACGGCUAUAUUGCAGUGUACUCAGUCACCCGGAAAGCUUCCCUGGAGACCCUGUGUGCAUUCUUAUGUGAGGUUCAGGACAUUAUCCCCGUUCAGCUGUUGGCAGUAGGAGAUAGUCAGGCCGAGCUCACUGACAGCGACUUUGCCUGUGAACAGCUGAUUCAGGGGGAGGAGCUGGCCCAUGAGAUCGAGGGUCGUUUCAAUAGUGUGGUUUGUGGAUCCGGGGGAGUGGUGGGAGGCCUGCACAGAAUAGAAAUGUUUCAUUCAUUUCUGAUGGAGGUGGUAGAGAAGCGCAACAUCGUGGAGGCCACACAUAUGUAUGACAAUGUUGCAGAAGCUUGCACUGGUGAAAAUGUAUACUCCCCACGCUGCAUCUCUCCCAGUCCUAUGACCAUGUUUGUGGAUUCAGAGGAUGACGUAGAGCCUUCUCCACCGUAUUACGAUGGCACUCUCUCCUCUCAUGGUGGCGGCUUCAACAUGCCUGACUUGGACUCCAGUGACAUCUCUGUCAUAUCUGAGAUCAGAGACUUUGAAAAUAAGCUCAACAACAAAAUACCCCCCCAAGUGAGAGUAAAACCAGGUGUCACUUUCGACUUCCGGAAGGUUGGCCGUAGUCCCUACAUCGACACCCUAGGUCAUCGUCGGUCCCUGCCCUCUGCUGUUACCUGGGUACCUGGUGGAGAUGUGGGUUACGACCCCUCAGACUAUGCCGAACCCAUUGAUGCCGUCUCAAAACCCCGCCCAAGCAACGAAGAAAUCAUCUACUCAGUUCCACAUGACAGCACGCAGGGCAAAAUCAUUACCAUCCGCAACUCCAACAGGAUGCAUUCAAAUGGAAACGGCUCAGACAGCGAGGCAGACAGCAGCUCUUUGGAGCGAAGGAGGAAGUUCUCAGCAAUCGGAGUGAAGCCCCGACUGUACCGCGACCGCUCGAAGCGGCUGGGCAAGUUCAGCAGUUUCCGUACAAGCUUUAUAGGCAGCGACGAUGAAAUGGGAGCUCUGUCAAAGUCCAAAGAAGAUGACUUUGGGACUUUGAAAGGUGACAGUCUUGUUAACGAGGAGAUUGAGGACCCAAAGAAGAGGAACAUUCUGAAGAGCCUCAGGAGAACAGCCAAGAAAACAAGACCAAAGCCGCGUCCAUCGAUUCCCAAGCCCAUGGAGAGCUGUUACUUUGGAGUGCCGCUAGCAAGUGUGGUCUCCCCAGACAGACCAAUUCCACUUUUCAUAGAGAAGUGCGUCCACUUCAUUGAGAAAACAGGCCUGAACACAGAGGGUUUGUACCGUGUGAGUGGCAACAAGUCCGAGAUGGAGAGCAUGCAGAAGCAGUUUGAACAGGACCACGGAUUAGACCUGGUGGAGAAAGACUUCGCCAUAAACACUGUGGCUGGAGCUCUCAAAAGCUUCUUCUCAGAGCUGCCUGAGCCCCUGGUGCCUUGUGCUCUGCAGGUGGAGCUAUUGGACGCUUUCAAAAUCAUGGACCGAGAGCAGAGGCUGUAUGCCAUGAAAGACGUCCUGAGGAAGUUUCCUAAGGAGAACUACGACGUCUUCAGAUAUGUAGUGAGCCACUUGAACAGGGUGAGCCAGCUGAGCAGACUGAACCUGAUGACCAGCGAAAACCUGUCCAUCUGCUUCUGGCCCACCCUCAUGAGGCCCGACUUCACCACGAUGGACGCCCUAACUGCCACGCGCACCUACCAGACAAUCAUCGAGACCUUCAUCCACCAGUGUGCUUUCUUCUUCUACAACCAGCCGCUGAUCGACUCCCCGACUGGCCUCGGGGGCCUCCCCGCCUCGCCCACCACCACCCUGGGUGGGAGCUCCGCCUACUCCUGCUACCGCUCCUCGCCUCCGCACACCGCCGCGCACUUCAGCCCCCUGCAGCAGUCUCCGCCCACCACGCCGCAGUCGCCCCUUCAGUCCCUGCUGCCGCCGCUCCACCAGCACCCCCACGCCCACCAUUCUCCUGCUGAACAAGAGACACUGUGAGAGACGAUGACACCGUGUGUGCCCAUGAUGACACUGGACCUUGUCACCGCUACACACAAACACAUUCAGACACGAGAAAAACAAAAAGAAAGCAAAGCUAAAUCUCAAACAUGGACAAACCUAGGCUAGGACGACGUGGGAGUGGGGAGGGGGGUGCAGGAAGUGAUGGUGGUCAUAGUUGUGUGAAAUGUGGCAUGCUUCCAUUAUCAGUGAGGCGGGGGGAGGACGCUGCAAGGCUACACUACCAAGAAACCUCCAACCCACGCUGGACUGAAUGAUUUUCUUUUUUUACGUGUAAUAUUAAUUUUUCUUAAAGUACCACCACUGGAUUUAUGGACCAGCCCCCCCUGUAGGUCUGUAGGGCAGCAGUUUGUUACAUAGAAGCAGAAGAUUAUCGUCUGCCCUUUUUUUUUUUUUAAAGGCAUUUCUCAUGUUGCUCUAUUUGAGGGGCUCAGCAUGGUGGGAAAGGACAGAGGGUGGGGUAUCACAUCCAGGGAUGCACUUUAACAAUCACUGUUUUUCUUUGCUUAUUUUUGUUUGUUUUAAUUUCUCAGCUCAAACAGCCAUACGUACCAUUGCCUCAACCGAGCUCUGGCAGAUCAAACUUUGUUUACAUCAUGUUUUUUCCUUUUUAAAAAAAAAAAAAUCCACAGACCUAUCUGAAGCACUUUUUGAGAGUGUAGUAUUAAAUAUGAAGAAAUGCCACAUAGGUUAAUUAUCCAUAAUGUUUGUUUUUAGUGGCUGAAUGUGGCACGAGUGCAGAGUCUUUUUGUAGAAAAAAACAAAACAACAACAACAAAAAAAAGCAAAGUUAGUCUUCUAAUUAGAUCCAGUUGUUCCAGCUGUUUUGGGUUGUGAUGGAAAGUCUGAAUCUGCUUAAUGUUCCUCAUUCAUCCAUACAUGUGAGGAAAAUAAGGAAAAAGAAAUUCUUCUCAUCUUCUAGCUGUUUGUUGAUCCAAGUGGAUGUUUAGGGGCUUUGUUUUUUUUUUUUAUCCGACAUCAGUUGAAGGAGAACUGUUGCCAUGUUGAAUGUGUAACCUAGUCGCAUCAUCAUCAUCCUCAUCAUCGUCAGUCGGUGUCCAUGGACGCGAAAAUGCUUGAAACGCGAUAGGCAGCCCGACGCGUCGUCGUGCUGUCUGUCGACCCCCAGCUCCUUGUCUUCAUGUCAUAUUAAGAACCUUUAACCGGGUCUGGGAUCUUUACUGUUACUGCAGGUUCUGCUGAAACGGAACCUGGUUGGAGAGGAAGCGAAACCCCUGCUGCGGUUGGGACCCGUUCGGGGAGCGUCUGCUCACCGUUUUCAGAGGCAGCUCUGCAAAAUGAAGGCCCUCUGACUAAAACCUUAUGAACUUUUAACAAGAAAGUAGCCUGCUGUCUUUCAAAUGCGAGGAUUGUAGCACUGUCUUUUGGUUGCGUUUGCAUCGGGCUCAUCUGUUUUACUGGUACUGUUGGGGAUUAUCAUUUUUGUGUUCAACAGACUGGAACAAGGAAGAAAAAAAAAAAAAAAAUGAAGUGUUUUUUCUCAGACUGCCCUGAGCUUGAAGCUUCGACCAUUCAGACCAACAUGAUACCUGGGAGUGUAUAAAUAAUAUUGCUGCAUUAUUUGGCUUUCAGCAAAAAAGGAGAGAAAAAAAAUAAAUAAAGAGAGAGGAAAAAAUACCCGACCAAAUGUGCCGUUGGAAGGAUCAACGAGUGGGUGCACACCACGUCUCCGUUAUGGUUGUUUAUUUGUACGUUGUGGGGAAAGGGGGAGGGAGGGACGCCGCCCUUUAGUUGAUGGUAGAAAACAUUUCUAGUGUGUAUUUCAAUUAUCGGAGGUUCCUUUUUACGAUUUUUGUGAAUGGUUUAAAAGGCCACUUAAAAUUAGUGCAUGAUUUAAAAAAAAAAAAAAAGCGAAAGAAAUAAAAAAAAAACAUAAUACCACACAAGAAGGGAGGAGGAUGAAUGCCCUCUUUCUGUUUUUAAAACAUGAAGUAAGUGUGAGAACAAGAAUUGAUUUAGCUGAAAAAGUUCAUGUAUUGUGUGCACCAGGAGCAAACGGUGGAAUUUGUCUGACCGAGAACGUUUGAAUAUGAAGGCCUUAUGUGAACUGUAUAAUAGUUAAUAAAUUAAAUCUUGUAAAACUUCC